GUAAAAUAUCUCCGAUAUAGACUCAUGGUUACAACGGCGCGCCCACACAAUCGCGUAUUGGCUGAAAGAAUCUGGAUCUAGAACGACUGGCACGUACCCAUAUCGAGCGCCGGCCAGGAAGCUCGAUAAUUUAGCCUCAUCCCAUUUGGGAACACCCACGGGAGCCGUGGUCUUCAACCAUGGAGCGUUACACAUCUUCCCCACAAUCUUCCCUCUGCUCGGUACUUGGGAUCGUGGUGCUGCCGGGUUCGAUUAUUCGAUACUAUAUGUGAACCUGUUCCCCUUCCCCCCGAGGUCCCUUGUAUACCUGCAGAACCGACUGGACUUGACAAACUCCUUGAGCGGUGAAAGGAGUUCCCAGUUGCCCACCAUGAAGAUCCCGGCAGGCACCGUACUGCCCUUUGCCUCGUGGAUCGCACCCAAGGCGACGAUAAAGGGCAUCGCAGAUGUCACCAACGAGUCUGCUCUGGAUGUCAUCCGUGCCGCCGGCGCCGGAGCGUCGUGCCAAUGGUUCGAGCAGCCCAUCGACCACGGCAACCCCGAGAUUGGGACAUGGCAGCAGCUGUACUGUGUGAACCCGCAAUGGUGGGAGGGUCCGGGCUCCCCUGUGGUGCUCAUGACCCCCGGAGAGGUACCCAUCGGGCGUUCGAUAUCAUCCGGCCUCGGGUACACGUACCUGGAUAACACCACCAUGCCCGGCAUGUACGCUCAGGCACUUGGGGCGGCGACGGUGGUUAUUGAACAUCGGUACUUUGGGAGCUCAUCUCCCUACGACGGGUUCGACUCAGAAACGCUGCAGUACCUCACCAUGGAGCAGGCUGCCGCCGACAUUGUGAACUUUGCCAAGAAUGUGCAAUUCCCGUUCGACGAGAAGAAGACCAGCGUGUCUACAAAGACACCGUGGGUGUACUGGGGAGCGUCAUAUUCGGCCACGCUCGGGAGCUGGAUCGAGCACUUCCAUCCCGGCGUGUUCUACGCGUUCCAUCUCAGCAGCGCCACCGUCGAAGCGAACACUAACAACUGGUACUACUAUGAUACCAUCAGGAAAGGGAUCGAUGCCUACCGGAAGGAUACGAGCUGCAGUCUCGCCCUGAACGAGGUGUCGGAAUAUGUAGACCGCUUUCUUCUGGCCAAAUCUCGGAACGAGACAGAGGUGCAGGCCUUGAAGUUGUUCUUUGGCUCGACGUUUGCCAUUGAAGACGACGAUUUUGCCUAUGCCAUUGCCACGCCGUUCAGAUACUGGCAAGAGCGAGAAGGCUACCGCGACGUCCUCGAGAUGUGCGACGCAGUAGUUGGCGCCUUCGAGACGGUCCAAGACCCGGUGCUCGGCACCAUUCCAGCCUCGGUGGUGAACUAUGCGGCCUACUUCCGGCUGAACUUUCGCGACGACACCUGCACCUACCUCGACACCUGGGGCCAAGAAGACCCCCUGUGGUGCCUCAACACGCACGAUCUGCUGAAUCCCUACUUCGAGGCACGCACCCUCGGCAACCCCUGGCGGACGUGGUACUGGUUCCUGUGCAACGAACCUCUCGCCUCAUGGGCCACGGGCGCUCCGCCUGGUAACCCGUCCAUCGUCUCGCGCAAGAUCGACUCGGCGUACUGGCAGCGCCAGUGCGAGAUGCACUUCCCGCCGCUCAACGGCGAGCGGUACGGCAGCUCGCGGGGUUUGACGCCCGACAGCCUCAACAAGCAGACUGGUGGAUGGUUGAGGAACUCGACUAGGGUCAUCUGGACUAACGGUGAAUUCGACCCGUGGCGCGCAACCACCAUGUCGAGCGAGGUGCGCCCCGGUGGGCCGCUGCAGUCCACCGACGACGCCGCCGUCUUCCUAAUCAGGAACGCCGAGCACGCCGACGACGCCCUCACGGCGAGGGGUUUGUCCAACCUCAGAAUCAGGGUCAACCCGGACGUGAUCAGGGUGCAGGAGCAAUCGGUGGAGAUCAUGAAGAACUGGGUUGGCCAGUACAAAGCAGGUGCAGGUGGAGCAAGUACGUGAGCAGUGAGCUGUUUCAGGGGAAAGAGCGAGACGUCGUUAUCCCCGGGCAGUGGUGAGUGGUGGAAUGUCACAUCAUGAUUUUCUGGUAGCCAUGAAGGAUCAGCUCCCGGUGUCAAUGAGGCUUCUUCAAGCCAUUCCAAGUGCAUAGAGACUCUGUCAACUUCAGAUCGUCUUGGCGACCUCGAGUUACCAACCAGACGCGCGAUCAUCCACUGCUCAGGCUCUAGGUGGUCUUAGCAGAACAGAUGAAACCUUCUCUGGCCUCAAGGGCAUUGGCAAGUCUGCCAGUGGAGAGCGCGACAUGAAAGUUUGGGAAUUGCGCAGGGAGGUGAGGGACAAUGGUGUUGGGG